GGAAGAUGUAUUGCUGUUUUGUCGGUGCUGGAAGCUGGUCCCGGAUAAGUGCCAAAUGGAAAUUUUCCUAGAGUGCAAUAAUUUAGAGUAGUUGAAAAACUAGUAGUGUUUCCUUGUGCAAAAUAGAAGAGGCAUGAGCCAGCAGUGGGAAAGAGUACGCUGCAUCCCAAAUGAGUGCAUUUGAAGAGGAUGCUUUGUUGUUGUGGCAUGCUUCAACAGGAAUUGUAUUAAAAAAGAUGGCUGGCUGUGGUGAAAUUGAUCACUCAAUAAACAUGCUUCCCACAAACAGGAAGACAAAUGAGUCAUGUUCCAAUGCAGCACCUUCCCUGACCGUCCCUGAAUGUGCUAUUUGUUUGCAAACAUGUGUCCAUCCAGUGAGUCUGCCUUGUAAACAUGUCUUCUGCUAUCUGUGUGUGAAGGGAGCUUCCUGGCUUGGGAAACGAUGUGCACUCUGUCGGCAGGAGAUUCCAGAGGACUUCCUUGACAAGCCAACCUUGCUGUCACCAGAGGAACUCAAAGCAGCAAGCAGAGGCAAUGGAGAAUAUGCCUGGUACUAUGAAGGUAGAAAUGGUUGGUGGCAGUAUGAUGAACGUACCAGUAGGGAGCUAGAAGAUGCCUUUUCCAAAGGUAAAAAGAGUACUGAGAUGUUAAUCGCUGGGUUUUUAUAUGUAGCAGAUCUUGAAAACAUGGUUCAGUACAGGAGAAAUGAGCAUGGACGUCGCAGGAAAAUAAAACGGGACAUAAUAGAUAUACCAAAGAAGGGUGUGGCCGGGCUUAGGUUGGACUGUGAUUCUAAUUCUGUCAAUCUAGCAAGAGAGAGCUCUGCUGAUGGUGCAGACAGUACACUGACUCUGGGGGCCGCGGCUCUGCAGCCUCUUGGAUCUGUUUCUGCUAGGCCCCUAACGUCAGUAGAUGGUCAGCCAACGAGUCCUUCAACACCAUCACCUGAUGCAAGCACUUCUUUAGAGAACUCUUUUGCCCACUUACAAAUAAAUGGAGACAGUAUGGCUGAAAGAAGUCAUACAGGAGAGGGAGAGGAGGACCACGAAUCAUCGUCUUCUGGUAGGGUGCCAGCUCCUGACACCUCUAUUGAGGAAACUGAAUCGGAUGCUAGCAGUGAUAGCGAGGAUAUGUCUGCUCAUCUCCAGCCACACGCGUCCUCUGCUCAGCAGAGACACUUGAUUGCAAAUGCAAACCAGUCAGUAGUGGAGAGACCAGUUGCAGGGGGUGGGGCAGUAAGCACCAGUGUGAGAUCUAGAAGGCCUGAUGGACAGUGCACAGUAACUGAAGUUUAAAUCUAGAGCCAUGUGAUUAAAAACUCAGUCCUGUAUCUGUAAAUUUUCUGUCCCUGUUGGCAUUGCACUCAAACCGUAGUGUAUUUGGAGUGAGAUGGGGUUGGUAAGAUGAGAAACUGAUUUGGCCAUUUAAGUUAGGCUUUUUAACAUCUCAGCUGGAAAACUCUUUAAAUGUAAGAAAAUGGGUUGUCUUGUUUAUGGUUUGAAAGCUGUUUAACAUUACCCAGAAAGUAUCACGUGUUUAUUUUGUAGCAUUUUACCCCUUGGAACUACUCUCUCCCUUUUUGGCCGAUGUAUAUCCACUGUACAACUUGGAUUGUCUUCAUUAUCUGACUGUUGCAUUAAGUGUCUUACUACUUUCUGCAUGGAUUGAUGUAUGAAAAGAUCACUAAAGCAAUGUGGGAACAGGACACCAUGUUGGGUGUGAGAGAUGCUCAAUUUGAUGUGAGAAAAUAGAUGUGAGUUUGGAGCUAAAAUGUGUUUUUACUAGACAAACAGCAAUCAUUUUAUCUUCUUCCUUAAAUGGAAAUGUAAAAAUGCUAUUAACUUCUGUUGCAAAUUCUUAUCUAUAGACACUUCAUGGCGUUUUCACUGGCUUUACCAUCUAGUCCUUGUAGUUUUGUUUUUGAGGUCUUUCUUGAUCUGUCUUGUUUUUGUUACAAAAUUUAUAAUUUAAUAAAACUACAUUUUAUCAGUAACAA